AUGGGCGGAAUAGGCAAAACCACUUUAGCACAAAAAAUAUUUGACGAUGAAAUGAUGAAAAAACAAUUUUCAAAAAAAGUGUGGUUACAUAUAUUCAAGGAUUACUCUGAGAUUGAGAUACUCAAACAAGUACUGAGAGGAGUAGGAGGAAAUGAUGUUGGUGUUAAAACUAAAGCAGAAGUUGAAGGCAGACUUGAUCCUCUUCUUUCAGGAAGUUUGCUUCUUGUGCUGGAUGAUAUAUGGAGUGCAAACGUGUGGAGAGAGUUGCUCAGAAAUCCCAUUUUGAAGGGUUCCUGUAGGAGUGUUAUCUUAUUUAUCACUAGGCAUGAAGUUGUGGCAAGAGAAAUGAGAGCAAAUUAUGUUCACCUUGCUGAGGAAAUAGACGAAGGUAGUGGUUGGGAAUUAAUUAGAAAGAUUGUUUUUGGAGAUGGGGAGGAUGCAAUAAUUUCUGAAUUGGAAGAAGUUGGUAUGGAAAUUGUCAGAAAUGUGAUGGUCUUCCUCAGGCAAUCAAAGUGA